AUGUCUGGCUUCUAUGCGCGCUACGUUCCCGCGACGACAAGCAGUACCGGCACCGCAGAUAACGCCGAGAAACCUGUGUCCAAUGGGGAUAAGCGCAAGCGAGAUCAAGAUGCGGCGAUCCAUGAGAAGAGACGCAAGAAGCUGAAAUCUUCAAAGACACCAGACCAGCCCAUUGACACGUCCCCCCUCCCGGUUCCAAAGAAAGCCACCGUGGCCGUCGAAGAUUCUUCAGAUGUAACGGGAAAGGCAAUCUUGGACAAAUAUCGCAUUGCGGAGGCUGCAGGGUCUGAAACUACUUCAGCUACGGUUGAGGCCAAGGCCUCGAAUGAAUUGCAACGUGUCAAUUUGAACUCGGACGAUGGGAAUCAAAGAGCGCAUGACAGCCUGACACAGAAGAAGAAGGAGAAGCGGAGGAAGACAGGUGAACAAAAAGAGGAGGAGGCAAAUGUUGCAGCAUAUCCACAGAAGCACACCGCACUGCUCACAAAAUAUGAAAAGGCAAGACAACAGGACCAGAUAGAAACGAAGGUCGACACAGCAUUGGACGAACCGCCUCCAGAGCUCCAUGGUCUUGAACCCAUACCUCAACCAAAGCAGAUAGAGGUAGUUCCAGAGAAACCAACCUACUCUACCCUCCCACCUUGGCAAGAGAACCCACUGACCGUCCCUUUGGAUUCGACCUCGUCUUUCGAGUCACUCGGGAUCCAGGAGCCAUUGUUGGGAAAUCUGAAAAGACAAAACCUGCGACAUGCAUUACCGAUACAGGCAUCAGUAUUACCUUUAUUACUUGAUGGUGCUGAUCAUCAUCCCGGCGACCUUUGUGUAUCGGCUGCUACAGGCUCCGGUAAAACUCUCUCAUAUGUUUUGCCCAUUGUGGCCGAUCUGAAGGACAUCCCAGGUACAAAGCUCAGGGCUGUUAUCGUUGUCCCAACGCGAGAGCUUGUAAAGCAAGUCCGUGACCUGUGCGAUAUUUGUGCAGCAGGGACAUCUCUUAAGUUUGCAACGGCCGUGGGAAGCAAAUCUCUCACCGAAGAGCAAGAUCUGCUUGUAAAAGAGGAAAAGAUCUUCAAUCCAGAGGAGUACGAGCAAUGGCAACAGAGUCCUAUCGACUGGGCCAACUUUUCGCUCUCAAGGCUGGCUCAAAAUGUGAAAGAUGCUGAUCCGAUGGAGUCAGCGGGCUAUGUCACACGAUAUAAAUCCAAAGUGGACGUGCUCAUCACGACACCUGGUCGAUUAGUCGAUCACCUCAAGUCUACUUCCGGUUUCACUCUCGAUGACUUGAAGUGGCUUGUUGUGGACGAAGCUGACAGAUUGCUGAAUGAGAGCUAUCAAGAAUGGAUUGCUGUGGUCAAACCAACCUUAGAGUCGCGGGCGGCAACCGCAGGAAGGGAUCAAAUACUCCGCCACAUGAGGAUGACACUCCCGAGACGAAAUGUCAUCAAGGUCUUGCUUUCUGCAACCAUGACCCGCGAUUUAUCUAAGCUGAAUUCUGUGGGAUUAUGGAACCCGAAACUGGUCGUUCUGGGUGGUAAUCCAGAAAAGUCGAGAGUAGAUAGGGUUGGCGCACCACCCGAAAGGCUUGAAGAGCUGACGCAUAAAGACAGUGAAGUUGUCUAUCUACCUGGGACCCUCAGAGAAACCGUUAUUCCUGUCACUAACGGCGCCGAGAAGCCAUUAUAUCUCCUGCAGCUUCUUCACAGUCAUAUCGCACUAUCUCAAAAGCCGUUGGGCUCGGAUGGAAGUGUUGGCCGUCCUUCACCAAAGUCAGACGCCGGGUUCAACUCAUCCUCAUCAUCACAAUCGUCAGAAGACGAGCGUGAUUCAUCUACGGACACUGAAUCACACUCGCGUGAAGGUUCGACUGCUCCCAGUCUCGGCGCGAAGAAGGCUCCGGAGAGUCACAAGACCACAAGAGCACCGCGAGCGUUGAUUUUUACGCGCUCGACCGCUUCGGCUACCAGGCUCUCCCGAUUGCUAUGUAUCAUCGAUCCUCUUUUGGCUCCUGGAAUCUCGACUCUAACGCGCAGCACUGCCUCGUCUGCCUCCUCACGUCGAGCCUUGGCUUCUUUCCGCAAGUCAAAGAUAUCAGUAUUGAUCGCCACAGACCGCGCCUCUCGUGGUCUGGAUGUACCUGGUCUUGAGCAUGUCAUCUCAUACGAUGUCCCCAACAGUCCUUUGACGUACGUGCAUCGUGUAGGUCGAACUGCUCGGGCUGGCAGGGCUGGCCAUGCAUGGACAUUCGUUGAACAUAGAGAAGCAGCUUGGUUUUGGCGUGAAAUUGGAGGCAAGGUCAAGCACGCAACGCCGGGAACAGGCGUUGACGCAGUGUCGAUUCAUAGGCAGACCAAAAUUUCCAAGCUCAAUCUGAGCGUUGAGGGAGUAGACAUCAAAAAGAGGUACGAGGCGGCUCUGCAGCAACUAGAGAAAGAAGUUUUGGGCAAGUAA